AGAGAAUCCUAAUCCCUGAGAUACACGGAAGAGGGCAUGAGCCAUUUGGAUUUUGGCCUAAACUAAACGUUGGUUCUCGUGCCGGCGGUUUCAACGGCUUUUGACUUUAGUUACAAAAAAUCCGGCCAUCAUACGUAUGCAAAUACAUAAUUACAAGAGUAAUAGGACUGCUCAACUUGCCAGACUAUAUUUCAAUUCAUUUUUUAUUGGGUAACUAGGUGUGCACAAGAAAUUAUCUUAAACAUUUGAAAAAGUAGAAUAAAGCAUUGAUUUAAUGAAAAAAGAAUAGAGAGAGUGUGUGUAAACCCUUGUUGGGUGUUUAGUCCCAAGUGUCAUAGGUGGUGUGUUAUUAAUUAAACGGGGCAUUCCAUUAUUCAUUCCAAUUGUAAGUGGCUUUUCCAUGGAAGCCUGUAAGGCUCUCCCGUUAUAAAUCACGAGAUCUCUGUGGCCCUCGCACACACCUCAAUGUCCGUCUCUUAACUAAUUUGGUUUCCGUUAGGUACUACUAUGAGUCAACUGGGUGCGGAGCUGCAGGAACCGCAGAGGGAACCGAGGACCAUUCUGGGGCUCUUAUCGGAACAAAUGGAGGGAGGCACACGCAGGAGGCGCACCUUGAAGGAACGGUUCGGGUUCAUGGGCAUGGGUUGCUGCGGGGCCACAUGGGGGUUCCGCUCUCACCAUGACGCUCUCAGCCAGACGGAGAGAGAGCAGCAGCAGGAAAGGGAUCCGGAGUGCGUGAGCCCGGGCAUGAAUCUGGCGGCCGCGUUAGCGGCGGAGAGGCAGCUCCGUGGGCCGCAGGAGGAGGCGGUGAGGGCGCCGUGGAGGGUGUCGCUGAUGAGGCUGCUGGAGGAGGCGGAGGCGGAGGCGGAGACGGAGCAGGAACAGGAGAAGGAGAAGGGAGGGGUUGCGGGGAAUGAUUCGGUGUGCUGCGUCUGCAUGGGGAGGAAGAAAGGCGCGGCCUUCAUCCCAUGUGGCCACACUUUUUGCAGGGUGUGUUCCAGGGAACUGUGGCUCAAUCGAGGCUCCUGUCCCCUCUGCAAUCGUUCCAUCCUCGAGAUUCUCCACAUUUUCUAGAAAUUCAAAUUCAUUCUCUUCAAUCCCAUUCCCAUUCUUGCCCUUUCUUUUUCUCUUUAUCAUUCGCCACCUGUAAUAUCAAUUUCCUUUAUUUCUUAUUUCUUAUGUCUACAAAUCUUCUAUCAUCUUUAUCUCUUGUACAUGCCACUACAUCACUAUAUGCCUAUGUUCUUUUUUGUUCAUUA